GUAUAGUAGCGGCUACAACUGUGUUCUUCUUUCUUGUUUUAUCUCUGCUCCUAGAACUGUCAUCAGAAGAAUCGCAUAUAUUUCUGUUUUUCCGCUUCUCCACCAGCACAGCGCGGCAGCCGGGCUGACACCCGCGCAAAUUUCUUUGUAUAACUCCGCCCAUCUACCUUUUCUGUCUUGCCGCCAACACAUCGAAUCGCGUGUUGUGCUCUCUCGGUGUACAUCAGCUUCUGUAUUGGUGUUUUUCUGAAAACUUGUUUCUCUCUCUCUCUCUCUCCGCUUCCAGCCACACCCGCCCUCAUCGAAAUAGUUCAAGAUUGCUUCGGGUUGACAGUGGCACUCAAAAAAAUAUAUAUAAUACCUACUUUCCCCCACUUGGCCUGUGACACUUUUUGAGACUCUCUCGCUGCCACAAGGGAAAUAAUAGGAAUAGUACAAGUUCCUGAGAGACGGACGGGGGCAAAGAAAGCAACACUUCUACAGCUCUCAUUAAUAAAACAAAAACAGCACUCCUUCGCGUUUGCACUGCAGACCACACUCUGGUAUCCUCGUGAUCUUUGGUUGCCUUUGCUUUUUGUUUGGUGUUGUGUAUGGUGUGCGCGAACGUAGAGGUUGAUACCUUCUUUUUUUUUUUCUCUGGCGUUGUGAAGGGGACUUUCCUGACUCCUCGCUGUCUAUAUUGUAGUAGAGAAUGGACGAUAUCGAUGUCACUACCGGAUUCAGCGAACUGAAAGCGUCGUUUGUGGGCUACCACAAGAAGGAGACAGUUUUCACCUCGAAGCAGCAGAUCUUCUACAACAAAGGCAAUGAUCGCAGCUGUAUUAAUUGCUUUCUCGUAAUGCGGUUGGAUCACAACGGCAAAGGGGAGGAGGUGGUGAAGAUAUUGUGGUCGUACCCGUACACUCCUUCGACGGUGCUGGUGCGGUAUCCAAACCUGGGCAAGUUUGCCAUGGCCAACGCAGGGACAUCGUCCACGGUAGACCAGCUGAGCUACACGUUCGUGCUGACGGAUAGCAAAGGCAUUCGCGAGUACGGGCACACGACGGCCUUCGUGAACGGUGAGGCGGUCGUCGCCCUUUCACCCUAUCCGUGGUGCAACUUUUUCUAUCGUAUAGCAUAUCUCUUCAGCACCAACGGCGACGAAGGUGGGCAAACGAUGAUCAAAGCCAUGUGCAAAUGCUCCACCCCGCCCUCCGGCGGCAUGUUUAACACCCCGCUGGACCUCGGCAUGACCUUUAACCGCCCCUACGAUCGGCUCUGCUCCUUUAUCGAUACCGCACCACUCGACAUGCUCGUUAUUUUCCCCAAGAUCUACGACCUCUUCUCCAUUUUGACCGACUUGCUGCUGGAGAAGCACAUCAUCAUUGUCGGACCCAACUUUUCGAUUGUCUCGAACGUGGUCAUGUCGUUGCAGGCACUCGUUGCCCCAUUUGACUGGAUGCACAUUUUAAUUCCCAUUUUACCUACAAGUCUGCUGGACGUGCUGGCUGCGCCGCCGCCGUAUUUGGUCGGCAUCUUAUCCUCGCAGCUGCCACACGUGCAACGCGUCCCAAUCGACUCCGUCGUGGCGGUGCACCUCGGCGCUGAUGGCGUGUGCGAGCGGGUGGACUACUUGAACGAGACGCAAGAUCACCUGCCGCAUUCGGGCGUGCUGAGCGCGCUGCGCACGGGGCUGUCCAUACUCAAGAUGCGCCACCCAAAGGACCAAACUGUGCGCGACCUAUGUAGUCUUUUUCUCACUUACUACGCGACAUUGUUUGGGGAAGUGGUGCUGAAAGGGGAGCGGGGAUUUGUGCUGAACACGAAGAUGUCCGAUAAAAGUCGGGUCUUCUUUGAGAAGCUGCUGUGCACGCAGAGCUUCUGCAUCCUCAGUGAGGAGGUGAAGAAGGCGCUGUAUUCGGACAACUCGACCGAUUGGAUGGAUAACGAGUUUAUCGUGGCGGUGGUCCGCGGUCACCCCGAUGUGUUCGCUGUCCAGCACGCCGCCCUCGUCGAGGAGGAAAAGAACGGAGGCGGCUUUGUGACCAAGUACGGGGACUGCUUCGGCAGCAAGGAAAACUUCAACGGGUUCACGGCGGUCGUGCACGGCUUUGGCGGCCACCAGCUCGGCGUCGGAAGGCUGCUCUUGCGUUACUUGUGCUCCAGCUGGUGUGGCCCGGACGUGUCCGACGACGGGGACGACGCCCUCUAUUCUGGGCGGCGCAUGGGUCAGGCUAUCUUGCAGAAGCGCUUCCGCGCAGCCUCUGGGGAGACGCCGGUGAUUGAGGAAAUGGUGGAAACGACCCCCACGGUGAAGCGACCGGUGGAGAGCGGUGCGAUGGAGUUUGAAGUGGCGGUGUCGAAUGGCAUGGACUCGUCCUCGCCAUCCACGCGGUACCCCAGUCUUCGACCGGCAGGCGAGGAGGAGCGACACGAAGUCAAGGCACCGAGAGAGCCGCGGUAA